ACCCAGUGCGCUCCUUGCAGCUCUGUUACAGCACUGGUUUCGUUCCCUCGGGCUCGUUGACGCAUUUCUAAUAACAUGGCUGCAUUAAUCAGGAGGAUCAUCAGCACAACUAAAGCUCCUGCUGCUAUCGGCCCCUACAGCCAAGCGGUGCUGGUAGAUCGGACCGUGUACAUCUCAGGGCAGCUGGGGAUGAAUCCUUCCAGUGGACAGUUGGUGGAAGGGGGUGUUCAGGCUCAAACCACACAGGCUCUUGUGAAUAUGGGUGAAAUCCUCAAAGCUGCUGGGUGCGGCUAUGAGAACGUUGUCAAAACCACAGUCCUCUUAACGGACAUGAAUGACUUCACCAGUGUCAACAGCAUUUACAAGCAGUUCUUCAGCACCAACUACCCAGCCAGAGCUGCUUACCAGGUGGCUGCUCUCCCCAGAGCUGGCCUGGUUGAGAUUGAAGCGGUUGCCGUAUUGGGCCCUCUGACCGACGCUUCCUAACAACUAGUGCAUCUAUCAGAAAAAGGAAGCAAGAACUCCCACGAUCACUGAACAUUAUACAGCGCGUGCCUUGUUUUGUGGAGCCGUCAAGAACUGAUGAGCCAAGAUUCCUAAAGAGCACUAAUCAAUCCUGUCAUAUUUUGUAGAGCAUCAAGAGAUGAAGCGCUGUCAUAAACACGCCGGGGGUCACGUUCUCCUCACCGCUGAUGAGACGUGUGGCGAGCUUGCUUGCUCUUAUUGAAUUACACUUAAAGUGUAUCCUCUCUCGUUGGGGCCAGAGGCUGGAUGAUCAAUUAUUACUCAAUCAUAAAUGUUUUUUUUAUUUGCUUCAUGGUGAUUUGUUUCCUUGAUAUGAACACGACUAUUUCUGGCUUAUACUAUGAGCAUAUCAUUUAUCAAAUGCAAGUUUGUAUCACUUGAUAUGGUGACGGGUGCAUUUUUAUAUAAGAAAAACUCAAAAGCACAUGUAUUAGUGAGUACACCUUUAUUCUGUACACUAGGUUAGCAGAAUCAUAGAUAAAGAUCAGAAGAGGAAUAUAUUACAGAUAACGAAAGUAAAAAAAAAAUUUAAAAAAAGAUGUCAGACAUCAAAUUUUGUUCCCAGUGUCCAUCACACCCUGGACAGUUGAAAUAAUGUUCCAAUGACACAGCAUGUAUAACUAAUGAUCAUUUAAAAAUCACGUCCACUAAGCAAUCCCCCUACGGGAGCAGAGGGGCCAUGCUUGCAAUACCUUUUGUUGUUGUUGUAAAGUCGAGAUCACCAGUUCAUAAUUUCAUUAUCUUGAGGAAGCAAGCUUUGUUAUCUCGGAAUAAACGAGAUCAUCUUCCAGUUAAAGAGAUUCCAAAACGUGACUUAUUACUGUCUUUCUGUUCGAGAGCGCGUUCAGAUCAGUCCUCAACAUUUUGAGAGAAAAAUAGCCCGGCUGCAAAUAAAUAUGGUAAAGCAUUAAUUACAGAUGUCAGGUCUGAUCAAUUUAAAAUCACACACUUUUGAGUUCGCCAUAAUUAUUUCUUGACCUCAAGAAAAAGGUUUUCUUGCGACAAAUCAUCUCGUUAUCUUGAGAAAUCUGCCUUUAUUAUUAUUAUGAGAGAAGGAGCUUUGUUAUCUCACGAUAACUAAAUAAUGACCUUGUAAUCUCGAGAUAAAUGGCAUAUUUUGAUAACCGCAAGCACAUAAGUGAGAUCUAUGUAACACACUCGUCUGCCGGCUCCAGCGCAGCUUCAUGGAACGGCAAGACGACGUCCGUAAUCAUCUGCAUCCUCAACCUCGCAGGGACUCCUGUUACUACACUUUUGCAUAUGCAUCAUAUCUGCAAGCAUUAAAAAAAAAAAAACACAAAAAAAACAAACAUUUGGUAUUCAGGAUUUUUUCCUUUGAGUUAUAAAAAGAAAUAUUUAAGGAAACAUGGAGUUGACGGUCGUGCUUAUCAGUAUUGCACUCUGUUACUCAACAUUUAGUACUCUCACUCUUGAUUAAAUGAAGACUGCAAUUAAAUAGCGUGUGAAACGCCAGAC